GUGGCCGCGCCUUCUCCAUGGCUGCCGCUUGUGUCUCGCUCUGGGCAGUCUGUGUGCUGCGGGUGGCGCUGGCCACAGUCUACUUCCAGGAGGAAUUUCUAGAUGGAGAGCGCUGGAGGAACCGAUGGGUGCAGUCCACCAAUGACUCCCAGUUUGGGUAUUUUGGACUCUCGUCCGGGAAAUUUUAUGGUCAUAAAGAGAAAGACAAAGGUCUGCAGACCACUCAAAAUAGCCGAUUCUACGCCAUCUCUGCACGGUUCAAACCAUUUAGCAAUAAAGGGAAGACUCUGAUCAUUCAGUACACCGUGAAACAUGAGCAGAAGAUGGACUGUGGAGGGGGCUACAUUAAGCUCUACCCUGCAGACGUGGAUCAGAAGAACCUGAAUGGAAAAUCCCAGUACUAUAUUAUGUUUGGACCCGAUAUUUGUGGAUUUGAUGUCAUGAAAGUUCAUGUUAUUUUACAUUUCAAGAAUCAGUAUCACUCAAACAAGAAAUCAAUCAGGUGUAAGGUUGAUAGCUUCACACACCUCUACACUCUGAUUUUAAGACCAGACCUCACUUACGAAGUGAAAAUUGAUGGUCAGUCGAUUGAAUCUGGCAGCAUAGAGUAUGACUGGCAGCUCACAUCACUGAAGAAAAUGGAGAAGACUUCAGCAGAGUCUAAGGACUGGGACCAGGCUACAGAGGGCAAAUCCCAGGACUGGGAGAAGCACUUUCUGGAUGCCAGUGCCAGCAAGCCAAGUGACUGGAACAGCGAACUGGAUGGGGACUGGCAGGCGCUGAUGCUGCAGAAGCCUCCAUACCAAGAUGGCCUGAAACCAGAGGACAUAGACAAAGAUGUUUGGCUCCAUCAGAAGAUGAAAAACACCAACUAUUUGAUGGAAUAUGACCUCUCAGAAUUUGAGAACAUUGGUGCCAUCGGACUGGAGCUUUGGCAGGUGAGAUCUGGAACCAUCUUCGAUAACUUCCUGAUCACAGAUGAUGAAGAGUACGCUGAGAAUUUUGGCAAGGCCACCUGGGGUGAAACCAAGGGCCCAGAAAGGGAGAUGGAUGCCAUACAGGCCAAGGAAGAAGUGAAGAAGGCCCGAGAGGAAGAUGAGGACGAGCAGAUGAUGGGCAGGUUUGGUGGGAGAGAAAAUAUCUUCAAAGGAUUCCACAGGAGGAACGAACUUUAA